AUGGAAGCUGAUCCUAUGAUUGUUUACGAAAAAUCAAUUUUAGAAAAGUUAGGUUCAUAUAAACUAUAUGAUAAAUUUAAUGAACAAAAAGUUGAUAGCUCUUAUUAUCAUUAUUGUAACGGUAAGCAAGUUGUAUUUUCUAAAUACGACGUUGGGAUUUAUAAAAUCUGUGUGAAGUUUGCAAAAAAUUUGAAAGAAUUAGACGAGCUAAUGGAAGAAGUAAAUGACAGUAAUGAACGAUGCAGAUAUUUAAAUUUCUGGACAAAUGAUCAAAUAAGAAAAAAGUUGGAUUCUAUCCGUAACGUCGAAUCUAGGGCAAUGUAUUAUAUUGGUACAGCAUUUUAUUAUGUAUCACUUUUGGUUAAUGGAGCAUCAUCGCAAAAUUCAUGUAGAUAUAGAUAUUAUGGUGAUUUUAACAAGGACUUAUGGAAAAAAUGGAAAGAAUUAUAUGAUUAUAUUAGAAAUAAAGAUCAUAUAUCAAGUUUAUUUGCUUCUAAUAAUGGUUUAUGCAAAAUAUAUAAGGAGUACUAUGCUCAUAUUAAAAGUAUAUAUCAAGAAUAUAAAGGAGUAUGCUGUGGAAAUUAUAGCAGUAAUUGUCCUUUUCAUAUUAAAUUUAAAGAAUGGUGUAAUAUGGAUAAUAUUUUAAUUGAAUUAGAAUGCAAUGAACCUGUGGGGGUUCGUGAAUCGUCUUCAGUAUCUUCGCAAAAAAAUGAGGAAAAAACAGGAAUAGCAGAAGCAGAACAAUCAGCAAAAUCGACUGUAGAGAGGUUAGAUCCCAUAACCAGUACAGAUUAUUCUUCUUUAGAAACUACUGAGGAACCUACUAAUGGGAAUGAAACCAACCCUGUAGGAACUAUUGUAGGUACUUCAUUAGGAUUUGUUGUACCUCUAUCAGCGUUAUAUAAGGUAAGCAAAAACCUGAAAAACAUUAUCAUUCUGUGUCAAUAUUUAUAUAACAUUAUGAUAAGAAAAUCUUAA